AUCCUUCAUUCCCAAAACUCUAUUCAAAGGUUCUGCCACUCUGUCCAGCAAUGGCUUACACCAAAGUUGUUUUGCAUUGCUUCUCACCCUCACCUCUCCUCUUCUCAUCGCCCUUCUACAGUCCUGCAAUGCGAGCAUUCUAUGGCGUUUGUGGGAUUGAUGCUGUAUAUCAAUUACAAGAUUCAAUAUCCAACACUGGCAGUCUAAUUAUGGAGAAUCCAGCUGCCUCAAUCUUCUCUAGACUUCCAUACGGUGAAAUGCACCAGGUAGAUGCUCCAAUGGCUUACUCAUGGUCAAUUACAUGGCUAUGUCUGCUGGCAUUCCUCUGUUGUGGCCUUAAAGACGGAGGUCCGUCUGCUCACGGAACGCUUAUGAAUGUAUUUGACAAAGUACCGGUGGUUGACAAGGAGGCUUUUGUGGCUCCCAGUGCGUCUAUGACGGUAACGUUCAGGUCGGACGAGGCUCUUCAUUUGGUAUGUAUGAGUCGCCAUUGUGGUUACUUGAGGAUGGUAAUCUUGCCUAACAUUUUCAUUCCAUCAGGAUGGAGAUGGGUUUGCUGGCUUUGUGCCAUGGAAUGUUAAAAGGUGGUGUCAACAGCAUUACUAUUGGGUCUGGAACAAGUAUAUAAGAUAAUUCUUUUGUUCAUGUUGCAAAAUCUAAUUUAAGUGGAACGGUUUUACAGACCAUUAUUUGGAAUAAUGUUACCGUGAGUGAGUGAUGUAAUUACCAAUUUCAGCAAUUAUCCUGUGAGUCGUAGAAUCUAGUUAAUUAGUACCAGUUUAAACUGGACAGGUCACAGUGCUGUUUUACAUUGAUGUAUUGUUGAGGAUGAGGCAUUUGUUGGCAUGGGUGCAUUCCUAGUGGAAGGAGUCUAUGUUGAGAAAUGGUUGCUGCUGGAGCUCUUGUAAGGCAAAAUGCUAAGAACAUUCUGCAUUAUAAAAUACCCAGAACUGCUUGAGGGUUCAGUAAUUCCAUUGUACAGUUCUUCUCUUCAGGUUCAAUGUCACUGAAUAUUGUGUUAUUUACAGAGAACGGCUGUGAGGCAUAUGCUUAUUCUCAUCCUCUGAGUUUAGAAACUUGAGUUUGUGUUCUUCAGAAUGAUUAGAGUAGGAAAGAUAUCUGGAUGUUGAACUUGAAGUCGUUCACAACUCUCCUGUAGUAUGUGGGGGUUAACAAUGGGGUUAGUCCCCUUGGUGUCGCUAAGAGUGGGUAUGGUUCCGUUUUGCUUACAAUUAAAAUUAAAUUAUUAAU